ACCCCCUUAGAUGGGAAAAGAUCGAGUGUUCCUCACACACCCUACCCUAUCAUGUGAAUCCCUUCUAUCGUUGAAAUUUGUUCCCGUUUCACCGGCGUCGGAAACAUCAUCCGGUUAGGGUAACGGCCAUCGGAGAGUACGGAUCGUAGAAUCAUCAUCCUCCCGAAGCUUCUAUGCCAUGAAUAUUAUUAUCGCCAUUCGCCAAGGAGUUGUUAGCCACCGCUUUGGGAAUUAAGAAAUUUAUCACUUGAAGUUAGCAACAACCUUUUUGUGGAUUUUUCAGGAAUAUUUUUCACCUGCUAAAGUUGAAGGAAAUGACAUCAUUAAAUUUUCAUCUUGUGCUCCAGCAUCGACCAUCAUACAAAAUAGCAGUUCAUCCACACCAGGCAGAACAAAUGAAGCUCUAAUACCAAUUGACACAUUAUUGAAACAUAGAGGAAUCAGAAGGGGGAGGGGGUGAGACCAUGAGAGAGACUAGUCUUUGCAAAACAAGGGAUUUUGGAUGGUAAAGGGUUCUGGACACAUUAGUGACAGAGAGACAGUAUUUGAUAAUCCUUCCAAAAUUGAACCAAAACGACCUCAUCAAUGGUUUGUUGAUGCUGCCGAAGUAGAAUUUUUCCCAAACAAGAAACAAGCAGUAGAAGAUGCAAAUCAAAAAUCUAGUCCAGGAUUUUCAAAUGUAAAUUUUUCUCCCUGGGAUAACAAUCCCAAUCUUCAUUCAGUCACAAACCAAUUUAUUGGCCGGUUAUUUGGGUCUGAAACCAGGCCUGCCAAUUUCACUGAAAAAAAUACUUAUGUUCUGGCUGAUGAUUCUAAUGUGAGAUCAAAGAUGAUCACCAAUCAAUAUGGAGAUGAUGCAUCUUUUGGCUUGUCUAUAUCUCAUUCUGUUGAAGAUUCCGAAGCAUGUAUAAAUUUUGGUGGAAUCAAAAAAGUCAAAGUAAAUCAGGUUAAGGAUUCUGAUGAUGUACAGGCUCCAGAGGGACAUAAUUUUAGUAGGCAGAGUAAUGGUGAUCUUCAUCAGGCCUAUAACAGGGAUGCUGAGAUGAGGCCUGCAUCAAUAGGGCAAACCUUUGACAAGGAUGGCAAUGCCACUUUAAUGGGACUCACCUACAGCAGAGGGGAUACACAUGUCAGAUCAAUUAGUGAGUCCUACAAUAAAGAGGACACAAAUAUAAUUUCUUUUGGUGGGUUCCCAGAUGAACAGGAUAUUAUCUCUGUGGGUAGGCCUGCUGCAGACUAUGAUCAACUAUAUAAUCAAUCUUCAGCUUAUGUGUCAACAAAGGGUCAUGAGAAAGAGUUGGAUGCGUCAAGUUCAGAUGUAGUUGCUAGUACUCUUCAGGUAGCAAAAGUAAAGUCUGAAACUGUGUCCAAGAAUAAACAAGAGUUUAAAACAGCAAGGAAAGAAGCUCCAAACAGCUUUCCUUCUAAUGUCAGGAGCUUGAUAUCUACUGGUAUGCUUGAUGGUGUUCCUGUGAAGUAUGUCUCAGUGGCACGGGAGGAACUUCGUGGAAUUAUAAGAGGCUCUGGCUAUCUUUGUGGGUGUCAGUCUUGUAACUAUUCCAAGGUUCUUAAUGCUUAUGAGUUUGAGAGACAUGCCGGCUGCAAAACAAAACAUCCAAACAACCACAUUUAUUUUGAGAAUGGAAAGACCAUUUAUCAAAUAGUACAGGAAUUGAGGAGUACCCCCGAAAGUUUGUUGUUUGAUACAAUUCAAACAGUUUUUGGUGCACCAAUUAAUCAGAAAGCGUUUUGCAGUUGGAAAGAAUCAUUUCAAGCAGCAACACGUGAGCUUCAACGCAUUUAUGGAAAGGAAGAACUUAAUCUAUGAGUCCCAACCCUUGGGUUAGAUUCUAGUGUGCAUAGUAAGAUAUGCCAGUUUCAGUAUUUUUCUUGUGUCUUUUUUCUGGCUCCGCAACCUUUGGUGAGUUGUGUACCGUCGAGGCCGUGUUUAAAAUAUUGGAAGCUGUAUAUGUUAGCUUUUGUACAAAUCAGUGGUAUUUUGGUGGUUUGGUAGACAGAAUUAUCUAAUUACAUUAUCGAGGAAGCUAAUGUUAUUAUGUAAUCAAAGGAGUAAGACUUCCGGACUAGUUAAUUUUGGGGCACUGCCCUAAACUUAUAAGUCGUGGAGUGUCAUGUAACUGUUUAUCUCCAAAUAUACAAAGGUAACUUCCAAGUAAGUUAAUUGUUCCAAUGAAGCCGGCAAUAGAUUGUGAUUGAAGGUGGGCAAAUAAGUUUCGAUUGUUUGUGUACGUUUUAUGUGAACUGAGAAGGGGUGGUUGGUUGGGUUGCUGCAGCACAAUUUUGUUCUAGAAAGAAUACUAAUCGGUAUGAUGAAUAUUCAUGAAACGUUCUUUAUUAUAAUCAUUACUAAUAAAUAUGUGAAAUAUCGAGUCGCCAAGUAAUUUACAAGCCUUGAUGUUGUGAAAAUUUGAAGUGCAAAAAGUUUUUAUAAAUGUAGCGGAAAUGCUUUAACCAGUCUUUUUUAAACCCUUAACCACCCAUUUACUCAUGUAUUUCUGUCAAUAGCAAUUCGAUUGGUCAGUUUCUUUUCACUGCAUUUUUCUUGUAAAAAUUUUUGUAUCAUAUAGCAGUUCUCAAUUUAUAAACGUAGAUAAUGUUGCCAACACUAGCAUGCCAAGUGCUACCGCUGCAGUGAAUCAGGACGGAGUACUAGUAUGCUACAGCCUAUUGGUACACUUGAUUUAAUCUUUAUUUGCACUCGUAUUCUCUUUGCAUCAACUUUACGUUAAGUAAUUUAGUACACGGUGAUUUAUAAUUCGCCGUAUUGCCUAUUUGCGGAGGGGAAAUUUUUGAAAAUGUCUAGCAAUCCAGCACAAGCCAUCGUGUUUAUA